AUGGCAGGAAGAUCCUUCAAAGCUUCAGACUCGCAAAUUGGGAGGGCUUCUGUACCUCCUAAUGUGACCUUUGCAAGGCGGACAACAGAGGGGCGGUAUGUCAAUUUAUCAAGGGAUAGUCUUGACAGUGAGAUCACUGGUGUUGAAUUCGCAAACUACACGGUUCAAAUACCGCCAACACCUGAUAAUCAGCCUAUGGAUAUGGAUCCUUCAAUGUCGCAGAGGGUGGAGGAGCAGUAUGUAUCUAGUUCUUUGUUUACUGGUGGAUAUAACAGCGUCACUCGUGCCCACUUGAUGGACAAGGUGAUCGAGUCUGAGACUAAUCAUCCUCAGAUGGCUGGGAAAAAAGGGUCAUCAUGUGCAGUCCCAGGUUGUGAUGGAAAGGUUAUGAGUGAUGGGAGGGGUGAAGAUAUCCUCCCUUGUGAAUGUGAUUUCAAGAUAUGCAGAGAUUGCUUCGUUGAUGCUGUAAAAACUGGUGAUGGGAUCUGUCCUGGCUGUAAAGAGCCUUAUAAGAGUACAGAUUUGGCUGCAAACUCCGCGGAGUCUAGUCAGCCUUUGCCUCUGCCAUCAAAUGUUGGGAUGUCAAAGAUGGAAAGGAGGUUGUCAUUGAUGAAAUCUGCCAACAGGUCCGCAAUAAUAAGAAGCCAUUCAGGGCUGAUGAGGAGCCAAACAGGGGUUGAUUUUGAUCACAACCGAUGGUUAUUCGAGACUAAGGGAACUUAUGGGUAUGGCAAUGCGAUAUGGCCAAAGGAUGGAGGAUUGGAGAAUGAUAAAAACGAUGAAGCGAGUGAGCCUCCUGAACUCAACAAGCCAUGGAGGCCGCUCACCCGCAAAUUGAAGAUACCAGCUGCAAUACUCAGCCCAUAUAGACUCUUGAUAUUUGUUCGUAUGGCUGUCCUUGGACUAUUUCUGGAAUGGAGAAUCAGCCACCCCAAUGAGGAUGCAAGAUGGCUAUGGUUGAUGUCUGUUAUCUGUGAGACCUGGUUUGCAUUCUCUUGGCUACUUGAUCAGCUUCCAAAGUUCUGCCCUGUUAAUCGUGCUACUGACCUUAACGUGUUGAAAGAAAAAUUUGAGACGCCUAGUCCUGCCAAUCCAACUGGAAAAUCUGACCUUCCGGGGGUAGAUAUAUUUGUUUCUACUGCUGAUCCUGAAAAAGAACCUCCUCUUGUUACUGCAAACACUAUUCUUUCUAUUCUUGCUGCAGAUUACCCUGUUGAAAAGCUUUCUUGCUAUGUUUCUGAUGAUGGAGGUGCCCUCCUGACAUUUGAGGCUAUGGCAGAAGCUGCAAGUUUUGCUAAUUUGUGGGCACCAUUCUGUCGAAAGCAUGAUAUUGAACCAAGAAACCCAGAGUCUUACUUUUGCCUGAAAAAAGACCCCUUUAAGAAUAAGGUGCGCCAGGAUUUUGUCAAGGAUCGUAGAAGGGUUAAGCGUGAGUAUGACGAAUUCAAGGUUCGAAUCAAUAGCCUUCCCGAUUCAAUUCGUCGUCGUUCUGAUGCCUAUAAUGCUCGAGAAGAAAUCAAGGCCAUGAAACUUCAGAGACAGACUGCUGGGGAUGAACCAGUUGAACCUGUGAAGGUCUCUAAAGCAACAUGGAUGGCAGAUGGGACCUACUGGCCAGGAACUUGGAUGAUUCCUUCUCCUGAACAUUCAAAGGGUGACCAUGCUGGAAUCAUACAGGUAAUGUUGAAACCUCCAAGUGAUGAACCUCUACAUGGAGUUACUGUGGACAAUAGUCCACUUGAUUUUACUGAAGUUGACAUUCGGCUUCCCAUGCUUGUGUAUGUUUCUCGCGAAAAGCGCCCUGGGUAUGAUCACAAUAAGAAAGCUGGGGCCAUGAAUGCAUUGGUUCGAGCGUCAGCCAUUAUGUCUAAUGGUCCCUUUAUACUUAAUCUCGACUGCGAUCACUACAUCUACAACUCGCAGGCAAUAAGAGAAGGCUUAUGUUUUAUGAUGGACCGUGGUGGAGACCGUAUUUGUUAUGUCCAGUUUCCUCAAAGGUUUGAGGGAAUAGAUCCAUCUGAUCGCUAUGCUAAUCAUAAUACAGUUUUCUUUGAUGUCAAUAUGCGUGCUCUGGAUGGCCUUCAGGGUCCUGUUUAUGUGGGCACGGGAUGCCUCUUUCGCCGGACAGCGCUUUAUGGCUUUGACCCACCCCGAUCAAAAGAACAUUCGGGUUGCUGCAGCUGUUGCUUUGCUCGUCGUAAGAAAAGUGCAUCUGUUUCUUCUGCACCCGAGGAGCACAGAGCACUUCGAAUGGGAGAUUUUGAUGACGAUAUAAUGAAUCCUUCUCUCUUCUCAAAAAGGUUUGGAAACUCCAAUUUCCUUAUUGAUUCUAUCCCAGUGGCAGAAUUCCAAGGCAGACCACUUGCAGAUCACCCGGCUGUAAAGAACGGACGACCUCCUGGCGCUCUUACAAUUUCUAGGGAACUUCUUGAUGCAUCCACUGUUGCUGAGGCAAUCAGUGUCAUCUCAUGUUGGUAUGAAGAUAAAACUGAGUGGGGCAAUCGGGUUGGAUGGAUUUACGGGUCCGUGACUGAAGAUGUUGUGACAGGAUAUAGGAUGCACAACCGGGGUUGGAAGUCUAUCUAUUGUGUAACAAAAAGGGAUGCUUUCCGUGGAACUGCACCAAUUAAUUUGACAGACAGGCUUCACCAGGUUCUACGAUGGGCUACCGGUUCAGUCGAGAUCUUCUUUUCACGUAAUAAUGCUUUUCUGGCUAGUCCUAGGAUGAAGCUUUUGCAGAGAGUUGCAUACCUAAACGUUGGCAUAUAUCCUUUUACGUCCUUAUUUCUAAUUGUUUACUGCUUUCUCCCGGCAUUGUCCCUCUUUUCUGGCCAAUUCAUUGUCGAGACACUAAAUGUCACCUUCCUCACGUACUUGCUCGUCAUCACUCUGACGCUUUGCAUGCUUGCCGUGCUCGAGAUCAAGUGGUCGGGCAUUAAUUUGGAAGAAUGGUGGCGUAACGAGCAAUUCUGGUUGAUUGGAGGGACAAGUGCUCAUCUUGCUGCUGUGCUCCAGGGACUACUGAAAGUGAUUGCCGGGAUUGAGAUCUCAUUUACAUUGACAUCGAAAUCUGGUGGUGAUGAUAACGAUGAUGAAUUUGCCGAUCUCUUCAUCUUAAAAUGGACUUCCUUGAUGAUUCCCCCAAUCGCUAUCAUGAUGACCAACUUAAUCGCCAUAGCAGUUGGCUUUAGCCGAACUAUAUAUAGCACCAUACCACAGUGGAGCCGUUUGAUUGGAGGGGUAUUCUUUAGCUUCUGGGUGUUGGUUCAUCUCUAUCCUUUCGCGAAAGGACUCAUGGGAAGACGAGGAAGGACACCUACUAUUGUAUUCGUUUGGUCGGGACUUAUUGCAAUUACUAUUUCCCUCCUUUGGGUUGCCAUUAAUCCCCCAUCAGGUAACAAUCAAAUUGGAGGGUCCUUCCAGUUUCCAUGA